AUGUCCUUCAGAAGUCAAGAACCACCGAGCGAUAGUGAAUUGACCAGUCUAGAAACAGGGAUGGAGACUUCCCAAAAAGAGAGCGAGACGUCCAGGACUCAAACCACCGCCAGCAGUGCGACUGGGUUCCAGGAGGAAGAUUCUAUGGUCUUGUCGGCCUUCCCAGGGAUGCUGUUUGAUGAGAAGACUCAACCGCUCUCCGAUCACCCUCUUAGCUUGUCGUGGGUCUUUGGCUACAACAGCCACCUGCCUGUUUUCAACCUUCUGGAUGAAGAUCAGCGGGUGCUGUUGUACGUCUCUGCUCACACCGCCGUGAUCCAUGACAUCUUGAAGAAUAAACAGUACCUCCUGCAGGGACAUUCCAGUUGCAUCUCCUGCGUCUGUGUCAGCGAUGACCGGCGGUGGAUUGCCACGGCCGACCGAGGUCCUGACAGCCUGGUGAUCCUCUGGGACAGCUACUCUGCGAUUCCUGUCCACACCAUCUUUGAUAGUCACCCUGAAGGAGGAGUCGGCGCCAUCACCCUUUCUCACGACUCCAAGUUCCUGGCUACCGUUGGAGCCGAACAGGUGCAGAAAGUUUCGAUUUGGAAGUGGACCACGCUGGAAACCAAGCCAUUCUGCAGUGUGCAGGUCCCACCUCAGUUUGGAUUCCAGAAUUACAUUGAGUUCAGUCUCCAAACUUCGAAGGAGCUGGUGAGCAACAGCAAAAGCCAAGUCAUCUUCUACUUGUGGGAGAAUAAUACUCUGCUCUACCACGCUCCUCUCUUGACAGACAAAACUUUCAACAAGGCGGUGGGAUUCUUCAGCCAAUCCUGUUUCCAUUUCCGCACUUCCCAAGCGUUGACCGGCACCUCGGAGGGGAAGCUAGUGGUCUGGGACACCGUUUGCACGCCCUUGCAAACUAGGUGUGACCGACUGUACAACAUAAAAGCCAUCAAGCUGGUGCAUCUACAGAAAGAUGCCAUCACCGUCCUGGUCAUCAUGGACGAGUUGUUCGUGACCUGCGACGUCAAAGGCCACAUUAAAUUCUACGACGGGGACCUGCAGCUGACGCACUGGUACAGCCAGUUCAAACUGGGACCCAUCCGGUCUUUCUCCUUCUCCAAGAAACCUGCCUCCCCUGAAGACGUCACCAAGUACCCCGAAUCGUGCACCUUGUCUGGAAAACCCUUCAUUGUUAGGAAUUUCAUCCUGGCGACCUCGGAUGCGGUGGUGAUUCACGUCAAGACAGAAGGAACUCAAGUCACCAAGUGCCUGGAGGAACCCAAGGACCCUGUCCACACCGUCGUCUGCCACCCUUGCAAACCCCUGCUAGCCAAGGGCAGCUACUGUGGCCUUCUGAAAGUCUGGAGCUACCUCCUCAACAAAUACCUGGUCAGCCGGAUCUUUAAGGGUGAAAGCAUCAGCUGCCUCUCUUACAAUCAUGAUGGUUCUUUGCUAGCUGCUGGAUUUCUGAAUGGAUGUCUUUAUAUCCUUGAUUCCAUCUCUUUGGAAAACGACCAUCCAGACCCUUUCCAGUACUCAAAAGGACCCAUCACCAUCAUGAGCUUCUCCCACAAUUCUGAAUAUCUCGCCACUGCUGAUGAAAACUUGUCGUUGAAUGUUUACAAAAAAAUUGCCGUGGAGGAAAAGAAAGUCUGGGACCGCCUGGCUGCCCUCCACUCCCACUACAAACCGAUUCGCACCCUUCUUUUUGGGGUAUACCUAGAUAGUAGUGAGCCAAGGCUCUUAAGUCUCGGAGAAGACCGGCUCUUGGUGGAAUAUGACUUGGCGAAUAUCGUCAAAGACAAACUGGAGGUAAUCCGAAGAGACCGGAUUGAGCAGAGCGCGGUCCCUACGUACAUCGCUUGGUAUCCCCCAAUCACCACCGAGUACUUUUUCCUCACUGCCAACAAUCACUACAAAAUGAAGCUUUAUAACGUGACCACCAAGUUGUGCAGGAAGACCGCCUUGGGACCUACCUAUGGUUCUCCUCUUCAGAAGUUUGCCAUUCUUCCUUUGGGUGAGGACCAGGAGUCUCAGAAACGCUACAUGGCCUACAUCACAGAAGACAAGGUUGGCCUCCAGAUCUUGCCCGUCGAUGGGAACCCGCACAAGUCCUCGGCAUUCAUUUGCCACCCUACAGGGGUGGCCGACCUCACCUGCUCCUACACCGGACACUACCUCUUCACGGCAGGGGGCAGCGACUCGACGGUGAUGAAGUGGGACGUGAAUCUCAACGCUCUGGAUGCCGCCGUCUUCCUGGGUGGCAAAGACCUGAUACCAUUUUACAACCUGUUGGAAGGAGGCAGGGAUGGUGCGUUUUUCAAGGAGCUGGAAGAUUAUUUUUACUACGUCCAGCUGGUCCAUCAAGGCAUCAACACCAUGGAGCCUAGGAUGGUUUCUACACACAUCCCCUUGGAACAGGUCCCCUUUGUGAUCCGGGCGAUGGGGUUCUACCCCUCCGAGGAUCAGAUUGAAGACAUGCUGAACGAAGUCAAAUUCGGUGAGUUUUUGGAUACUGGGAAGCAGGUCACCCAUAUUAAUUUAGGGGACUUCAUCAAACUCUACGUGAACCAUCGGCCUGCCUUUGGGCUGGCCUCGCAGGAAAUUCAGCAGGCCUUCGAAAUGUUGGGCUAUGAGAACAAGGACCACGAAGCCACCAUCAACCGAGAUGACCUGCUGUUGUUGCUGCAACACAAAGGGGAACAUUUCACCGAAGAAGAGCUGGCCGAGUAUCUCACCACACUUCUGGGCUUCAACCCUGAGGGCGGCCGUGUGGAGCUGGGCAGCUACGAUCCCUCAGGUUCAGAGGACGUAAUUCAGGAAGAAAUCCCCGAGGAAGUGACAGCAGCUUACUUCACCAAGGAGAUCCUGGCCUUACCGUUGCCAGAACCGACGGACGUGGCGACGGAGGCGCAAACCCCCGACGAGGCCAUGAAUGGCAGUUUAUCGUCCCUGAAGGCUUCAUGAUUUGCAUUCUCGGUCUUUUUUGCCUUGGAUUGUCUCCCGUCCUCAGAUUUACGACUGAUCGUUUUUGAAAAACAAACAUUUAGUUUCAAUG